CCUCUAUCCGACAGCGCGUCAAUAUGGUCAAGUGGCCGUUCAAGAACCGUCGAUCCCAACGUCAUGACCAGGCGUCCCCUGCCCACUCUGGAGGCGCGUAUUCGUAUCAAGACGCGGCCGGUGGCUACGAGUCUCAGUAUCCCUCUGACUAUGUAUGGGCACCGUACCCUGGAUGGCCGGGCCCUCCUUAUCCAGGCGCUCAAACUUCGCCUGCGACCUUUCAAGCGACCCCUAUGGGAUACAGCGCGUACGCUGCAUCGCCAACAGUGCACACACCAUCUACCAUCACAGGACUGCCGUACCCUGUUCAGGGCGCAUAUGUAGACUCGCAGAAAUGGAGGGAUACAUCGGUGCCCGCUCCAGAGAACGCGCCCUACCUCGAGUACACCGGACCGGACAAGCCUACGCCCGAGGACCUUCGCAGGGCUCUGUUCAUCGCGCGCUUCUCGCCUCCGCCCUCUCAUUGGCGGGCUCUCAUUCCUUUGGACCCCGUGCCGAACGCGGAUGGCCUCUACGCCCCUCCAAUCAAACGCCUCCCCGUCGAGUUGCUGUCCUACAUCUUCACACGAAGCAUGGAUGGAGAGGUAGACAGCCUCUUCCACGCGUACUUUGCGGGUUGUUCCACUCCACUAGUCAUCGCUAGUGUCUGCAGGCUCUGGCGGCAUAUCGCUCUCGAUCUCCCCUUCCUAUGGCAGCGCUUUGCAAUGCGCCCUUGCCAAGGCCGAGGUCACUACCGAAUCGCACGGCUAUACAUGGAACGCAGCAAGGGUCUCGGUAUAUACGUGCACUAUGCCGAGGAUUCGCGACGAGGCGCUUACCCUCGCGAAGUCUGCCCUUGCGCACUGGACUUGAUCAUCCAAAACAUUGGGCAAGUUAAGGCUCUCGACUUGUUGGAAGUCAGCCCCUCGACUCUGGCGCGUCUCUCACGCGUGCCUAUCGGUGCGGCAUCCUCCAUGGUUCAAUUCUCCAUAACGACUCGCGAAAAGAACACGUCCUGGGAGGUGGCUCGCGCCCUGUCGUCUCUAUACCUGACUACGACUAUACGGGAAAUUCAGUGGGGUUUGCGCACCUUUCCCGAAGAGAUCCACUGGUCCUGUAUCACUUCCUUCCGUCUCUGGGCUUGUAAGAUAGACCCGUUCACUCUCUUGCGCAUCCUGGUGAGCGCGCCAGGCCUCCGACUGAUCGACGUCAAGUUGUCUUCGACAUCGUCGGGCGAUGGAACAUCCAUACCGUUCGGGGCCGUUGUUCACCAUCGCGCAAUGGGAAACUUGCUCAUUGAGUGUGAUGGGCCCCUGGAUGCGCUUAUGCAAGCUCUUGAUUUGCCGCACCUCCGACGACUUCGACUUCGCCGCCGAUCACCCUCGCUCAAGGAAUAUCCUAGUAAUGGCUGGCCUUUCGCGAACUUAGAGGUCUUUCAUGCAUUUCUUGGUCGCCUCCGGGAUGGGCUUGAAUACUUCAUGCUCAUCCCUGGAGGUGCGGGAUUUGACGAGACGGCACUUCUCCGGGUUAUUAGCAUGCCCCAGAUGGAGCGGUUGAAGAUGUUGGACGUCUCCGACCUGGGCGGUGGUGUCAGCAGCGCCAUCUUCGCCAAGCUCACACCUCGUAGGACGGAUCACACUCCCUUACUCCCCCACAUCGAGCACUUGGGACUAUGCGACUGCAUCGCCGUAGACGGAGCUAUCUCUCGGAUGCUGGAAGGCCGACAUAAGUACGGCUAUCCUUUGCGAUACGUCUCCUUACGAUACCCAUACGGUGAUCAGACUGCACACCGCACGGACCUUGCCACAAUCGAAUCGCUCCGAAAAGUAGGAUGGCAGAUUAUCUGGGGGGCCUGUUAACGAUUCAUACACUGCGUUGUUACAUGGAUUCUACGUGUAGUACCGAGUGGCAGUCAAGGUUAUCCUCGUACAUCUGUAAUUGAAAAGUUCCAAUUCGCCUCCCAACGUCGGGAU